UGUGAAAAGGGAGCGAACUCUUACCCACCGUUAGAGUUAUAUAUAGAUUGUAACUGCCUCGUUGGGACGGCGGCGCCGCCCCCAUUACGAGAGUUUUGUUUCACCAGCUGGGUCAAUGCAGCAACAAGGCGACAGCAGCAGCGACGCUCCGCUGUGUUCUAGCGGAUGCGGCUUCUUUGGGAACCCUGCUUGUCAUGGCAUGUGCUCAGUGUGUUGGAAAAAGGGCAGCCCCAAAGCUCCGUUGGACGCAUCGGCAGAGCAAGUGUCAGAGCCAGACGCGGUCGUCCCACCAACAACUGCAGAAACGACAGAGCCGGCCGCAGCGACUGAAGAAGGAGCCGAGAAGCUACCAGUUCAGACCAACAAGGCCCGGUGCUGGGCAUGCAACAAGAAGGUCGGGCUCACGGGCAUCGAAUGUCGAUGCGGCUACGUGUAUUGCGGAACCCACCGGUAUGCAGACCAACACGAGUGCUCGUUCGACCACAAGGCAGCCGACAUGGCGGAACUGGCCAAGCGAAACCCUGGUGGCGGUCAUUUCAACAAAGUAGACAAACUCUAGCCAGGCUAACAAUCGCAAAAGAAUGGGGUUGACAGGUAUAAAUACUAGUAUUAAUAUGUAGUACUAUUAAUAGUAGUAAUAGUGAAAAACGUUGCACC